CCGUCUUUUUUUUUUUUUUUUUUUUUUUUUUUUUUUUUUUGAGGGGGAAGGUUGCUGCUGCUAGUGGCAGCGUUUCCUCCUGCUGGAAGAUGAUAAAUGCAUGAGGAGAGAGGCUCUGAGCCUGCUUCUGUUCUGCGGGAGUGUCUCUCUCUCCCUCCCUCCCCUCUCCCUGCUUCUGUGUGAGUGUGUGUUUGGCUGCCCGGCUGUGUGUGCGUGUACACUGUGUAUAUAUAUCUGAGCUGGGAGGUUAUUGCAAGCUUCUCUCAGCAGCGCUCCUCUGUACAGGAAGAAGGGCUCAGCUGCAGUGGUAGCAUCAACAGCAGCAUUAGCAGCACCAACUGCUUUAUUCGCCUUUCUUCCUUCCCUUCAUCUCCAUCUCCCUUUUCCCUCCCUCCUCCCACGUCUUUUGGGGGAUUGAUCUUCUUUUUUUUAAAAUUAUUAUUUAUUUUUCUACUCUACAAUCCUUGUUAUUUGAUACUUCGUGGCUUUUUUUUCUUUCUUUCUUUUUUUUUUUUCUUUCCCCCUUCCUCUGAGAAGGAGGCACAGCAACAAACACGCACAAACACAGAGAAAUAAGGGAAAGAAAAGUACCGGGACUUAUCCUGCUGCUGCAAACCCAAAGAUAGCAGACGAAGAGGGGGUUUGGCUUCUACCCCAAGGUAAAGCCCUGCCCCCUUUACCUCCUCGACACCUCCUCCGAGGAAGAGAAGGAGAGCGAGCGAAGGGGGCCAAAGUGGAGAAAAGCAGGUCUUCUGCGGCUGGCAUUUGGAGUACAGGGAGCCAGGAAGUGAAGGAUGGUUGUGGUUACCCGAGCUGGCUGCAGGGCAGCUCUCUUCCUCUGGAUUUUCAUCAGCAUUAGCUGCAGAGCCAGGACUGCUCUGCCUGCGUCUCAAAAGUGUGAUGAACCUCUGGUCUCAGCAUUACCCCAUUCCUCCUUCAGCAGUUCAUCAUCCAUGACAAGCAGCUAUGUGCCAGGGUAUGCCAAGUUAAACAAGCGAGGAGGUGCAGGAGGUUGGUCUCCAUCAGACAGUGAUCAUUACCAAUGGCUGCAGGUGGAUUUUGGGAAUAGGAAGCAGAUCAGUGCUAUUGCAACUCAAGGCAGGUACAGCAGCUCUGACUGGGUCACUCAAUAUCGGAUGCUCUACAGUGAUACAGGGAGAAAUUGGAAACCAUACCACCAAGAUGGAAACAUCUGGGCAUUUCCUGGAAAUACAAAUUCUGACAGUGUGGUCCGGCAUGAUCUACAACAUCCAGUUAUUGCUCGCUAUGUAAGGAUAGUUCCUUUGGACUGGAAUGGAGAGGGCCAAAUUGGGUUAAGAAUUGAAGUCUACGGUUGCUCCUACUGGGCUGAUGUUAUCAAUUUUGAUGGCCAUGUAGUGUUACCAUACAGAUUCAGGAACAAGAAAAUGAAAACACUGAAAGAUGUAAUCUCUCUGAAAUUUAAGACCUCUGAAAGCGAAGGUGUAAUCUUCCACGGAGAAGGACAGCAAGGAGAUUAUAUCACCUUGGAACUGAAGAAAGCCAAACUUGUUCUAAAUUUGAAUUUAGGCAGCAACCAGCUUGGCUCUAUUUUUGGCCACACAUCUGUGACAACAGGCAGCCUCUUGGAUGAUCACCACUGGCACUCCAUCAUCAUAGAGCGCCAUGGCAGGAACAUCAAUCUCACCCUCGACAGACACAUGCAGCACUUCAGAACAAAUGGAGAAUUUGAUUAUCUGGACCUGGACUAUGAGAUAACCUUUGGAGGCAUGCCUUUUUCUGGCAAACCAAGUUCUAACAGUAGGAAAAAUUUCAAAGGCUGCAUGGAGAGCAUCAACUACAAUGGCAAUAAUAUCACUGACCUUGCCAGGAGGAAGAAACUGGAACCUUCAAAUGUGGGAAAUUUAAGUUUUUCUUGUGUGGAGCCACACACAGUGCCUGUUUUUUUCAACGCCACCAGUUACCUUGAGGUUCCUGGUCGUCCAAGCCAAGAUCUGUUUUCAGUCAGUUUCCUCUUCCGGACCUGGAACCCAAAUGGACUUCUUCUCUUCAGCCACUUUGCAGAUGACCUGGGGAAUGUUGAGAUUGACAUAAAUGAGGGCAAAGUCAGUGUCCACAUCAACAUCUCCCAAGUGAAGAAGAACCGGAUAGACAUCUCAUCAGGCUCUGGUCUCAAUGAUGGGCAGUGGCAUGAAGUUCGAUUCCUGGCUAAGGAAAAUUUUGCUGUCCUCACCAUUGAUGGCGAUGAAGCUUCAGCUGUUCGAACUAACAGCCCUCUACAAGUCAAGACGGGAGAAAAAUAUUUCUUUGGAGGGUUUCCUGCACAGAUGAAUGACUCAGAUCACUCCCUAUAUGAGCAUUCUUUCCAAGGAUGCAUGCAGAGUAUUCAUGUGGAUGAUCAGCUGGUGGAUUUGCAUGCAGUGGAGCAAGGAGAGCUGGGAAGCUUUGCCAAUGUCACAAUUGACAUGUGUGCCAUUAUUGACAGGUGUGUGCCCAAUCACUGUGAACACGAUGGUAAAUGCACCCAGACGUGGGACAGCUUCAAGUGCACUUGCGACGGAACUAAUUACAGUGGUGCCACUUGUCAUAACUCUAUUUAUGAACUCUCUUGUGAAGCAUACAAACACUUGGGCAAAACUUCAAAUUACUACUGGAUAGAUCCAGAUGGCAGUGGGGCACUGGGACCUUUGAAAGUUUACUGCAACAUGACAGAGGAUAAAGUAUGGACAACUGUGUACCAUGAUCUGCAAGUGCAGACUUCUGUGGGAAGCAACAGCCCGGAGAAGUUAUCUGUGCUGCAGCUUAACUACAGUGCCACAAUGGACCAGAUUUCUGCCAUUACCAGUAGUGCUGAAUACUGUGAGCAGUUUAUCUCCUAUUCUUGCAAAAUGUCCCGGCUGCUGAAUACACCAGAAGGGAAUCCAUAUACCUGGUGGGUUGGAAAAGCCAAUGAGAAGCACUACUAUUGGGGCGGAUCAGGACCUGGCAUUCAAAAAUGUGCCUGUGGCAUCGAACGCAACUGUACUGAUCCCAAGUACUACUGCAACUGUGAUGCUGAUUAUAAGCAAUGGAGGAAAGACAGUGGGAUGUUGUCAUACAAAGAGCACCUACCAGUCAGCCAGGUGGUGGUUGGAGAUCUUGACCGCCCUGGGUCUGAAGCCAAGGUGUCUGUGGGUCCCGUGCGCUGCCAAGGAGAUCGGAAUUACUGGAACGCAGCUUCUUUUGUUACUUCAUCAUCUUACCUCCACUUCUCCACCUUCCAAGGAGAAACCAGUGCAGACAUCUCUUUCUACUUCAAAACAUCAGCCUCAGAUGGGGUGUUUCUUGAGAAUCUGGGGAACACUGACUUCAUCAAACUGGAGCUGAAAUCUGCUACUGAGGUCUCCUUCUCGUUCGAUGUCGGGAAUGGGCCGGUGGAAAUCGUGGUGAGAUCUCCCAACCCGCUCAACGAUGACCAAUGGCACCGGGUCAAUGCCGAGAGGAAUGUCAAGCAGGCCAGCUUGCAGGUGGACCAGCUACCCCUGGAGGUCCGGAAAGCUCCAACAGAAGGGCACACACGUCUGGAAUUGUACAGCCAGCUCUAUGUUGGUGCUGCAGGAGGCCAGCGAGGCUUCCUGGGCUGCAUUCGUUCCCUGAGGAUGAACGGAGUGACGCUGGACCUGGAAGAGAGAGCCAAGGUCACGCCUGGGGUGAAGCCUGGCUGCUCCGGCCACUGCACCAGCUAUGGCAUGUACUGUGCCAACGGGGGGAAAUGCGUGGAGAAAUACAAUGGCUACUCCUGUGACUGCUCCAAAACUGCCUACGAUGGGCCAUUCUGCAUAAAAGAUGUGGGAGCAUUUUUUGAAGAAGGAAUGUGGCUUCGUUACAACUUCCACUCCCCAGGGACUAGCAUGAAGGAUUUAGUGAGCCGGACGAUUUUGAGUUCUGCAGAUCCUGAGAUCACAGCACCUGACCUCAGCUUGAACAAGGAAGAGCUCAGCUUCAGCUUCAGCACCACCAAGUCCCCUUGUGUCUUAUUUUACGUCAGCUCCUACACCCCGGAUUUCUUGGCUGUGCUUGUGAACCCCACUGGGAAUCUGCAAAUUCGGUACAACCUCGGGGGCACCAAAGAGCCAUAUAACAUUGACAUUGACCACAGAAACAUGGCCAAUGGCCAGCCCCACACUGUUAAUGUCACACGGAACGGGCGGGACAUUGUACUGCAGCUUGAUCACUAUCCUCCAACAAGUUACAGCCUGCCAGCCACAUCUGACAUUCAGUUCAAUUCCCCAAAGGCGCUAUUCCUAGGAAAAGUCAUAGAAAUUGGGAAGAUUGACCAAGAUAUAUAUAAAUACAACACCCCAGGAUUCACUGGCUGCCUAUCGAGAGUCCAGUUCAACCAGAUUGCUCCACUCAAAGCAGCUCUGAGACCUACAAACGCCUCCUCCCACGUCCACAUCCAAGGAGAACUGGUGGAAUCCAACUGCGGAGCGUCUCCACUCACCAUCCCACCAAUGUCGGCCGCUACCGACCCCUGGCACUUAGACUCAGCAAGUGCUGAUUUUCCAUACAAUGGUCAAGCUAUAGGAGAUGGAGUUAACAGAAACUCAGCUAUCAUUGGAGGCGUCAUCGCAGUGGUGAUCUUCACCAUCCUGUGCACCUUGGUGUUCCUGAUCCGCUACAUGUUCCGCCACAAGGGAACUUACCACACCAAUGAGGCCAAAGGGGCAGAGUCAGCCGAGAGCGCCGACGCCGCCAUCAUGAACAAUGACCCCAACUUCACGGAGACCAUAGACGAGAGCAAGAAAGAAUGGCUUAUCUAAGCCCACGGGGAUGGGGCCUGGGGUGGGAUGUGAGCUGGGCCAGGGUGGGACUGGGAUGACUCUUGCAGUGGAGAGAAAACACUCUGUGUCGGACACUUGAGCACACAUAGGAUAAAAAGAUCAGCACAACUGGAGGAGCAAGUGACAGGAAAAUACUACUGAGACUGGAGAAAAAAGAAUAUCUCAAGCAUUUAAGAAAAAAUACUUUUUAAUAUUUAUUUACAGCAAAUUGUCCCUUCUGUAUCCCAACAACUACAACAAAGAGCAGUUUUACAGCUUCAACAUUGGUUACAAUUUUCAGUAAUACCUGUCUAUUUCUGUGUGUGUUUAGAGAUGUUCUGGAUACCUGUGACAAGAAACAGGGCUGGUUUUUUAUAUUUUUAAAAGCUGUUUAAAAUGUGGGUGGCUCUGUCCUGAGAACAAGUGGCAGCCCUUUCUUCCCGGCGUUGUGUUCCUUCCUGGCUGGCCACUUCCCUGCAGGCGGCCCUCAGCCCCGCACCUCGACCACAUCACCGUUUAUUUGGGUGACACUGAUCCAGGGGGUGGGAUAGGGGGUGAGGACUAAUGCAAAUCUUAUUCACCAGUUUCUCAACAUCUCAUCAGCCCAUGUCAGCCCUAGCAAGGCCCAUCUUCUUGACCCAGGCACUUCACUGAUUGUGUGCAAUUCUCAUCAACAAUGUAAAAAUACUGUUAUUAUGACUACUAUUACUAAAGAGGAUUAUCAUAAAGCACAGGAGGCUUUAAAGGUUUUUUGUAUUAUUUUGUUGGUCUCUGGGGGAGGAUGAUGCUGUGUGAGUCUGUAGACCUAGUCUGUUCCUGUGUCUUUGUCUAUGGCACCAGGUCCAUCUCCUGAGGCACGUGCCAAGUUAAACUAAGCUCUGCCUGUGGCAUAUUCUGUACAUUGUAGUAGGGAAUUAGAGCCAGACUUUGUUUGCUUCUGUUUCUUCUUAAUAGGCUGCCAUAGAACUAUUAGUACAGCUUUACUGAGUGCAUUUGAACCCAUGAAUUUCCACAUCCUUUUUUUUUUUUCUUCAACUUGAGAGUCCUUAAAUCCCUUGUUUCAGUCCCUUUGCCUUCACUGGCAGUGUUUGCACAGUCCGGAAGGUGAGGCAAAGGAGGCUUGAAAACUCUGCCUCCAGAGCAUGUAAGGAACACACUGCACACAGGGCAGAGUUACUUUUCAAUACAGAGAUCUACUCAAAGUAUUUUACUGUCUUUCUAAGGCAUUUUUUAAAACAGCAAGGUCAAUGUCAAGUACAGUAUUGCAUCCCAUUUUUCCUCUCAAAUCAGGAGUGUCCUAGGUGUCACCUGAACAGCAGGCAGGCAGCUAGAAGAAAAGACAAAGGGGCAGCCUGAAGACUUAAUAUCCUUUAGUGGCAAUAAUUUAACAAAGCUUUAGCUUGCCCUCUGUAAAGAAGCAUGAUUCUCCUGUGGUCUGAACUGGUAGGAAGUUAAGGCCUUAGUGGACAGGUUUUGCAGUGGAACAGAAUGAAGGAAUGAAUGUACUGUAGGGCUUUGCCAUGGGCUGAAAGAACAGAACUGAUAUCAGAAUUUCUCUUUAAAAGUAUUUAUUCUUCUGACAGUCUUAGAUUUGCUUUUUCUUUAAUAUUUCUGGGUUUAGUAUGCACAGAUUCAAUUCAUUUUUCUGCACAAGAAAGAUUUCUUUUUCACCCAAACAUGCAAUCUACUACACUGAGCAGUGCUGGCAUUUUUGAUUUCAUUAUCUCUUUGGUUGCAAAUUCCAUUAUUCUAAUGGACACUUUAAAAACAGGAAAAAAAAAUCAUGUAGGGGAAAGAAAAUAUUGGAGUCUUACUAGACAAGACAUUGAUAAGCACAAUUUGUCAGAAAGUCAGGCCAGGUAGUUCAGGUUUUAAGGAUGGUAACCUAAAGUCCUGUUGGAGGAACAUUAUCAUUGAACAUAGAUAUCAAAGCAAAUCAAGCCCAUUAAUUUAUUCUAUUUAUGGAUUUGAAAUUAGCAUACAACAAAGUUGCCAGUUUUAAAAGUAAUUACUCUUUCUCAGGUAACAUACGUGGCAGAGAGGUUCAGGUAGGCAUAAAAAUUACCUCUCUUACUCUUGUGCUCUGCAGACUUUUGCCUUGUCUCCACUAUUAACCUCUGCCUCUCUUGUCUGUAAUCAAGCAGAUGAGUCCUGGGUUUAAUCAUGGGUGUAAAAUAAGUCUUCGUACCUUGAGGAAUAUCAGCAGGGGAUGGAUCUACCCCGUACCACCACUCAGCAAAAUACCUAGCAAUCACAAAUGUCUCUGUAGGAUUGAAAAGGCAUUAUCUUUUCUUUAUAAUUUUAUGUUUCAUUUUAUUUUAAUGGUAUUUUAGUCCACUCUGAAAAACAUCCUUGCCUGCAACUUCAAGCUACCAAGAGAAGUGAACAGAGCAUCAUUUGCAUAGAUUGGUAUUUUAUUUGCAGAAAAAACACUCCUAAUCUGAAUUCAAUGUCUGUGAGGAAGAUCAGACUUCUGUAUCCUGAGAGACUAGAGUCUUCUGCUACUUUAUGUGGGAGAGACAGAUUUAACAGCCAUAGCGCAAAUAGUGCUGAGGCCAAAAGCCUCAGCAUGACAUUAGAAGGGAAAGAUGGCUUGGUCUCCAUGUCUAACCAAGUUCUUGGCAAAGCAAACCACAGUUGUCUCUGGUUAUGGUAGUGAAGCCUGUGAUAUCUAUUCACUGAUUUUCUAAAAAAAUUACCAGCUAAUCUCCCACAACCCUGGGAGAUUAAGCGAGAACUUCUGGGAAAUAACCUUUGGCCAUUGCAUAAGCAAUAGUUAUACAUUAGUGUCUUAAGUUUGAAAAACAGUUCAAAUUUCUGAAAUCAAGUCAGGAUCAUCUGUACCUCUCCACUGACUGGACACCAUAGAUCUUUUUCUGUGAAAUACACUAGUGCUGUGUUAAAAUACAGUCACUUUCAUAACUUAGAAACCUUUAAAUAUUAGAAUUCUUGUUUCUCCUUAAAGUGGACCUUAGACAUAAUAUUAUCAACAAGCAGCUGUCUCUGUAGAGGGAUUUGGUGACUUUGGGUGAAUUCCUGCCUUUCUGCUUUGUAUAUCAUUUCUGAGAAUGGUGUAUGUUUAGUUACAGGCACUGAUCAUUCAGCAUCCUGGCAGUGAAGCAGGAGACAUAGCCUCUGUAUUCCGCUAGCACUAUAUUCUGAGAAUUUCUUCCACUGCAAGCCUAUCAUUGAAUCCUGAAACAACAUCCAUAGUUUAUUUCACCCACUCUUACUUGUGCCAAAAAUCCAUGUUGUUCAACAGGUAUGCAGGAACAUCAUGUUUGAGGGGAGAGUGGAUCCUGCUUUUAUAAAACUCUGUAUUUUCCCCAAAGAAUAUUAAAAUAAUCAGUCUUUUAUCACCUGUUUUUUAGCUGUUUCACCUAUUUGAACUGUGCAGAGAAAUGUAGCCUCUUGUACUGGUUUGGGAACCAAAGUGUCCCAGGUUUGUUUCUAAAGGGUCAUUCCUGACACCACAGAAAACAACGGCAAAAUUGCCACCAGCAGUGGGGAGAGCAAGACUGGGCUGGAGAUCAGGGCUCUCAGUGUUAGUGAAAUAAUGUAAGCAAUAUUUUGGAUUCUCAUUCGCAAGACUUGCAGACCACCAGGUUAUGAGACGUGGAGCUCCAAGGAGAUAAAACAAUGGAAAACUUAUUUUGAUGUCAACCCAGCCUCAAGGAAAAUCUGCAGUCCAGUCUGGCAGUUUUGAAUCAGGUCUUUCACACACUGCUUAUUCCGUAUUUACUGAUAGAAAAUUCAGAUGUAUGAAAUAGAAAUAUGUAUCUCUAACCAGAACUGGAGCAUUUCUGCUUUGUAUUUUUUGUGUCUUAAUCUUUACCUGUACCUUUUAUGUCUCUUCUAGCAGUUACCACUUCAAAGCUAUGGCAGCAUUUUAGGGUCAUGCUCUAGGCAGCAUGAUAUAUGUGAGAGGAUGGGCAUCACAAAUAUUUCAGUAAGACUGCCAAAGCAGUGGUGUAUAUGUACAAGUUUAUUGUACUGGUAAGAAUUUAUUUUAAUUAAAACAAUGUCCUUUAAUGGCAGAUGCAUCUAAUUUCCAGGGUAUCUGUUGAAAUGUGAAGCUAAGUUCAACAAGCAAUAGCUUUCAAUAUGGUUUAUCCCAUGAAUGACUUUACAUUCCAUCAAGCAUGGUGAUCCUGAAAGGAUGUCAUUCUUGACAUGCAGAACCUAAAUUCUGGUAGUCAGAUGCCGUUAUUCAUGCUAGAGAAAUUCAACAGAAACCUUGCCUUCUAACAGCAACAGCAUGAAAAUUAGAAUUAAUGAAGGGCAGUGUGUUUGUAUUCAUAAAUAUCUUCUGUGAAUGUCUUUCCUUUUAACUAAAGUUCUAUUAGAAACCAGAUUGGUAAAUAAAGAGGAGGGAAAAAAAAGAAAAAAAAGACAUUUGAAAUAGUUUUCAUCACCGUAACAGCUGUUUCCCCAUGCUUUGUAUAUUCUUAUCAUUGCCUGUAAUUGUAACAUCUCUAGUACCAGGAAAUCAAUUUGGAAAGGACAGAAGUUGGAAAGGCCUCUUAAGAAAAGACCCCUUGAACAUGAAAAAAAGGUAUUUCAGAAUGCAGUUAUAGAUAAGAAGAGAGGGUGCUAAAACCAGGGAAGAUUUUAUUGAAGUGCAAGUAUGUUCCUCUUGCAUCAGUGUUACCUUUUACAAAGUGUACAUCUGACCAUUCUUUUGUGCUGACUGUUGAAACCCCCAGAAGGAGUUUUAUGCAGGAAUAUUUCUCAUUUCUACAGAAAAGCUCUAGGACCAAGAGAUGUGAGUGAAGGUUCAAGUGUAAAGUACAUGUUGAGGUGGGUAAAGGGUCUGAGAGCAGGGUUUGGGUAGAAAUUUAAUAAUUGCCUUUCUGCUUUUUUCCCUUUCUGAUCACUUUGCAGAUAGCAGCAAGCAGUCUGCUUUCAGUUCUGCUCACAUUUGUUACUGCCAAUUCUGUGGCAUUGUCAGCCUAACAAGGGUUACAUACUACAAAUGACUAAGUGUGGAUUGUUUGCCUUCCUUUCCUAUCAAAACUCUGUCCUUCCUUCAUGAAUGAGAGCCUUUUAUUGAAACCAUCAAGAACAAUGUAUGCCCAGCUCAACAGACUUGUGUCUGUUCCUUUUAAUAAACUACUUUAUCAGGCUUUAAAACAUUUUUAUGACAUGAAGCAUUUUAUAAAAGAACUGUGUUAAAUGCACUUGAAUGGGAGCGUGUGAAACCUGGGCAAAGAGGCAUCAGUGCAGCAACCACCUGAGUCAGAGGCACUGCUGCUCUGUCUACAGCAUACACUGCCUUAACCACCCACCAAAUCCCUGGAUCCAUCCAAGACCUUAACUUCCUUUGUGGAAUAUAAAAGUGGCAAAGUCCUGGUGGGAUACUGUGUUCAGAAGAUGGUCUGACCACAUUCUGACCAUUCUUUUGUGCUGACUGUUGAAACCCCUAGAAGGAGUUUUAUGCAGGAAUAUUUCUCAUUUCUACAGAAAAGCUCUAGGACCAAGAGAUGCGAGUGAAGGUUCAAGUGUAAAGCCCGACUGAUACUUGAACAUUGUGACACAGAGAGUCUUUGCUCCCUUCUGCUGCCACUUGUCUCACUGCAGCCAAACCUAAGGCUGUUCAGGAUAUGAUGUCUGCACCACAGUUGCUGCCAUGAUGUGGGUGAAUAAGAUACCAAACUUGCUCCAAAUCCAUGAGUAUGCAGUGCUAGCAAAAUCCCUCACGCUUGAAAUUAAGUGCAAUUUUUAAGAUAAACUCAGGCUGUGCCCUACAGUAGCAGGCACAUAUGGUGCCUCAAAUGAGACCAAGACUUGGACCUGGUAAUGGAAAAGCAUUUAUUUAACAAUCUGUAGCACUGUUCUUUUAACUCUGACUUUCACAUCUAAGCAGAUUUUUCUUGAGGCACUAUGUUCAAAACCCUUAUUAUGCCAACAGAUUAAGAAUCAGGAAGAAAAGGGGCCAAUUCAUGGCUUCUUUACACAAGAAGUUUUUUUUAAAAGUCACUUACUGUAAAAAAAAAGUUUGGUAUCAACAGGUUCUUUCACAGAGAAGUAUUUCUUUUCACUAAUCUUCUAUUUUCAAAAUCUCAUGUGAGCAAAGUUGAAAAAUUAUUUAGGCACAACCAGAACCACUUCAGGGGGUAAGAUAUAGUCGGGAAAUAUACAUAUAAGAAAAUAACAAAUUUAGUACAUACUGUGUGUUCUGUGAUUCAGCAGCUUCCAAUAAUGUCUAUUGGUACUCCCACUGCUGUUGUUUCCUUAAGGAAGACCAUCUGGAUUAAACAACAAACAUAAAAGUGUGUACCUUUAGUUUUACCAUGGAUUAAUAUUCUCACUUGGUAUGUUAUAGCUUAUUAAGGAAGUUCAAAUUAUUAUUUCAUCAGAUUCCAUAGCUUUAAUUCUGCUGUCUCCAAGAUCAGAGAUGUACUAUCACCGUAUUAAUUGUUAUAAUGCAUAGGUAUUUAUACUGAUAAUAUUCAACAACUAGCAUUCUGAAUUCUAGCUCAGAGUUGCUCUAAGAAAUUCGAAUUUAUUGAGAAGGUGAAUAGAUAAUAUUUUCUGACAGGUGAGAAAUGUAAAUAACUGGAAUUCACAGACACUAGAGCUGAAACCAUUUGAGGGAAUGUUUAGCAUGCAGAAAAAUAAACUGUACCAGAAAGAGUUUCUUGCCUUCCAGUCAGCAGCUUGGGUAGGUACAGUGCUGUGGCCAGUUAUAUAUUGCCACGUGUUCAUUGCCUUUUUGGCCAAAAUAUUUGAGCUCCUGUCUUUCACAUGCUUUGAAAUAGGCUGUUGUAAGAGUACAGCUGAAGAUGUGAAACUUAAACAAGCUGCUCUAGGCUGCUGGUGAGAGUACAGAGUCACAAGACCCAAGGUCUGCUUAGAAGACAAGUCUCAGAUGUGUUUCUACCUGUCCCUGUCUUUUGUCAACUUUUUCCCAUCUUACUGAACAUCACAAAUUGAAAGGGACCACAGAACACCUUCUGGUCCAACAUUUUGUGGGAAAGGCAACCUAGAUGAGAUAAUCUAACAUCCUGUCCAGUCAUAAUGGUUUUUCCCCACUGACUCCAUUUCCAGGGUAGUAGGCUAUCAUCAGGCUCUUUAAGGCAGAUAGAGUCCGUGGAGCAAGGCAACAAACUCUUGAAUCAGCCAGAAAACAGUAAAUUUAGAUGACUCAGGUCAGGUGGAAGCAGGCUUCACCUGGGAUAUUCCCAGCCUAACAGCUCUCCUUCAUUUCAUCAUGGCUUUGGUUGGCAAUGGAGCAACUGGCCAAGUCUGUGUAUUAUUUUUCUAAACCCAGGUGGAAAUAUGGAAGAUAAACUUGGCUGAAUAAAGACAAGGUAGCCAACCCCUGUAUGCUAAUGUUUGCUCUAAAGUGUACAUUCUCAUGCUUACAGUGAGUGUGUCACUGAAGGAGUCUGACCUUGCCACGGGCAAUAAAUCCUUCACAAGCUGAACAAACAGCCCUGCACUACUUUGUCUUGAAAAAACUCCUUUGAGCAAAUGUUUAGAAGUAGAUCUAUGGUUUGCCCUCAUAAAACACUGGACGCAGUAUCAGCAGCUAGCUGUAAGUUAUUUCUGUUGUAAAAUCAAGGUCUGUCUGCAGAGUUUUUGUCUUGCUCUAAUGAGACCUUUAUCCCUGGAGCACAAGCUACUACAACAGGGCAAGGUAACAAAGAGAAAUUGCCUUUGCUGCACACUCUGAAACGCAGUGUAAAGUCCCUUUCACUACACAGUUCCUGGUAAGAGUAAGGAGUAAGAUCUCUGUAGACAUCUAUUGUUUCCUUUUAUCCAAACCCCUCUGCCCAUUACUCUAAGGAAAGAAAAUUGCUGACAGUUCUGGGGUUUUUCACAUCUUUCUCUACUUUAGAAAUGUUCCCUCUCACUGACAAAUUUACUACCUUUUACUGUCACCUUUAAACUCCUUCCCAGCCAUGCUUGCUACAUUGACCAAGGUGAAGCCUUUCACCUUCCUAAAAUGUAAUCAUUGUAGUGGAAGGGUUAUGUGCCACUCCAUCCCUGUGAUCUUUUAUGACUGUGACUGAAAGUGCAAGUUUGGUUUCUGCCAUCUGCGGCAUUAUUUUAUAACUUGUUUGUAUCUGUUCCAAAAUCACAGCAUUGCCUGGCAGAGAGAGUCUGAAAAUCAGGCAGCUGCACUUCGUUCCAUUCAGCACGGUUACUUUCUACUGCUUGGUUCAAAUUUUCCCAAGAGAUAUCAAUAAUAAAAUUAAAGCCUGGCAAAAGCUAGCAUCUAUUUUUCUUAGGGCCACAAGAUGUCAAAUUGAGUUCUCAGCCAUCAAGUUCCCUUGUGCUUUUGUAGCAGCUAUACAAGGCUGCUGGUAAUCUCCAAAGUAGGACACCAAAAAUUAUACUAUAAAACCUUCUAGUGAUUUUAGUUUCUUGGAGUGUUAAAGGUCCAGCUCAACAGAGUCAACAAGUCAGGCUUCUUACAGGUUUCUGUUAUGAACACAUCCAAGAAAACUCUCAACACUGGUUAUUAAAUAAUUUUAUUUUCAUUGGAUCAGCAUCUCUGAGGGGAAAAAGUGUUGCUGUAUGUGGAAUACCUGAGACAUUACACUCACCCUAUUGUAACUCCUGCAUUGUAUCUGAUCUUUUGAAGCUCCAACUUCUUAAGAGAAGGGAUCAGAGUCACUUGAAUAAAGAAGGCUAAGGCAUCACUUGGUUGCUAUUAACUCUGAAGCACAGAGAACUGGCUUUCCACAGACCUCCUUUGCAUGGUCAGUCUCAGUCAUAUAUGAGCAAUGGGGAACUUUUCCCUGCUCUUCUGUGGAUCAAGACUCAUCAGUGGGCUGGCUGGGCGGGUAUCACAUAAAUUAUAAAAAAACCACUAAUGGGCUGACUCACACAUUGAGCAGCUAGAGUCCAGGGAGUUCCUUUGACAGAACAGCAUGAUUUGGCACAAUAUUCCUGAAAGGCUUCAGCUUCCCAACAAUUCUGCUACCCCGUUUGACUAGUGCUAAUUAAGAGAAGCCUGAUGGAAAUUACCUGUACUGACUUAAUCCUACAUGUGAAUGCCAAUCAUAACCAAGAGUGCUUAAUUUCAUGGAGAUUAAAUCUAUUUGCCCCCCAUCAUAGAGUGCUUGGGCUGUGCUCAGUCUGAUGCUUCUUACUGACAUAUAUAAAUAGAAAUAUAGAGAUAAAUAGAUAUUUUUAUGGAGAUGUUUUAUAAGUGGCCUUUACUUUGUGCAUGGUAACUAUUGCCAAACUUGCUAUUUAGGAGCUACAGAAAUGGCUGGUUCUGCAGUUUAGAAAGCAAUCAGCUGUCUCUGUUGCAAGGGACACUUUGGGUACGGGCUUGAAUUUUAGUUUUUAUUAUUCAACUAUGAUUUGCAUGGUUUGGAUUUAGGUUUUGUCUUAGUGCUGGGUUUUUUUUCUUUCCUCACUGGUUCUCUGGCAGGGAUAUAUUGGGCUCAAGCAGGAACUUAUUUCUCAGUCUUUGAGAGAAGGUUUGAAGCCAUUGGUGCCAUAUAACAUUUCAGAAACACCUGCCUUGCACAGCCUGUGAUGUUGCUCAGUGUGAGGUCCUCAAAACACAGUUUCUUUAGCAGUCUAUUGGGGGUUUCACAGCAUAGUGAGAUACUGGCUUUGCUUAACAAGAUAACAAACUAGCAACAUCUAGCUGCUGUUUUAUGGGUAUUAUCUUGUAAGCAGAAAAAGGAAUCAGCAGAGACUAGGACAAAAAUGAUAGUUCAGAAUUAGGUUUCUAUAUAUAGCUCUAGCAAAAGAUUAUGAAAAUUGCAACAGAAGCAGGCCAUUUUACUUGCUUUCUUCUUUUACUCCCUUUUUCUUUUCUUUUUUUUUAAGUACUGUUUGUAUGCCACAUCUUGGUAAUUAAUCUCUACCAGCCAGCCAACUCUCAAUAACCUGGGCUGUUGUGUAAGGGUGGAAAUGCAGUUGUCCUUUCUUACUGAUCUAGUUCCUGUGGAGCAGUCUGUACCCAGGAAAAGAUAUGGGCUAUUAGCUAUUAGGAAAGCAAAAGCAGCCUCUCACUCCUUCCCUCCAAACCAGGUGGAAAGCCAAUCCCAGGGUUAUGUGCCUACAAAGCUGGCCCAAUUUCCUGUCAGGUGAACCAAAACCUUCUCUGUUUGCAAUUUUUCUAGUCCACAGGUUUCUUUCUUGAGCAUAAUUUUCCCAUGGGACGCAUAACCAGGAGAUGAUGGUUACCCUAAUUAAACAAAAAUGUGUAUAUUAAAAAACAUCCUAAUCUGAAAGUAUAGUGUAUCUGAGAUUCCUCUGUUAUAGACACUUAGUCUAAAAGAUUUAUGGCUACAUUUGCUAUGUUAUGCUUGAAUAAACAUAUAAUUCAUUGAAAUACACAAGACUGAUAAAAGUAAUAUGAUCUCUUUAAGGAGAAUAAACUGUUUGUAAAUUUAUAAAGAGUAUAAUCUGUUAGGCCUUAUUUGAAGUAUGUACUGUGGUUUGGUAAAAGUACAACAUUAAAAGAGCCUUGCCAGAUGA